AUGGGAGCCGUGACUGAAGACAAAGUGAUACGGAAGCGUCUCCUUAUUGAUGGAGAUGGUGAUGGAGAUGAUCGAAGAAUUAAUUUGCUAGUGAAAAGAUUCAUUAAGUGGUGCAACUCUGGAUCCCAGGAGGAAGGAUAUAGCCAGUACCAAUGGAUGCUGAGUACACUAUCUCAUUGUGAAUUUUCAAUGGGCAAAACUUUGCUGGUGAAUGACAAAAAUCUCAGAGAAAUGGAAAAUUAUGAAAAAAUUUACAAAGAAAUAGAAUGUAGCAUAGCUGGAGCUCAUGAAAAAAUUGCUGAGUGCAAAAAGCAGAUUCUUCAAGCAAAACGAAUACGAAAAAAUCGCGAAGAAUAUGAUGCUUUGGCAAAAGUGAUCCAGCAUCAUCCAGACAGGCAUGAGACUUUAAAAGAAUUAGAGGUUCUUGGAAAAGAAUUAGAGCAUCUUUCACAUAUUAAAGAAAGCAUUGAAGAUAAGCUAGAAUCCACACGAAAACAGUUUCAUGUUCUUCUUAGUACUAUCCAUGAACUUCAGCAAACAUUGUAAAAUCAUGUAAAGCUCUCAGAAGUAGAAGAAGCUCAAGAAACAAGCAUGGAAGCAGAUCCUAAGCCA